AAUGAAUCGGCCUGCAUCGUAAAGUUACCAACUUGCAGCAUAACAUGGGGUGUAAGCUUCGCGACAGCAUAUUUCCAGGUGACUUGCCUCUUGGCCAGCAAGCUCAAUUGCGCUUUUAUGCGACCCGCCCAAUCAUGCUCUGGCGGCUCCCGCAAAAUGCGGGCUACGCUAAAGCUGCAGUUGUCGCGGCAUCCAGAAAAAGCGGCGCCUCUGGGGCAGUCAUGCUUGGCAUUUAGCGAUCAUCGACGAAUUUCCCACCAAUGGAGCACGCAGCGUCGCCGAUGGGGUGGACUGACUAGCCAUCCCACGAGGCCCAAAUGCCGGGAUUCACUGACUAUGACUAUCCAUGUCAGUCAUGGCCAUGGAGUUGAGGACACUACUCGGUGGAUGCUGCAAGCUAUAAAGGUGCUUGUCCCAGUGCCCUGCUCAGCCAUUACCUCGUGCUGUUGCUAUUCCUAUAUCCCCAUACUCCAAAAACACUAUCUCACAAACAAACCCGUACUACACUCCCAUCAUGCAACUCAACUCCAUCCUCCUUGCCCUCUCUGCCGCCACCGUCGCCAUCGCCGGCUCUCCUGUCGGAGGCGGCAAGUGGGCGGAGGACUUCCCCGGCCACAACGACCAGCACUGCGCCGGCGGCAGCGUCAGCGGAAACACCUUCAAGAUCCCCAAGGAGGCUGAUGGCAGCCACAGCGGCUCUGGCUGCUCCAACGGCCACCUUCGCGCCGAGCGCCGCUUCGACGACUACAGCUCCGGCACCCACCAGUUUGGCGGCAGCUUCAAGAUCAACUCCAUGUCGGGCGACAAGAUCUCCAUCAAGCAGACCUUCCACGGCUCGGACGGCCCCUUCUUCAUCAUGGGUGUCCAGAAGAACGGCCGCCUCUACAGCGUUGAGGGCGGUGCCGAAAUUGCCCCUGCUGGUACUGCCGAUGUUGGCAAGUCCGUCCGUAUCAACACCGUCCACAACACCUCCACCAAGAAGUUCAAGGUCUACGUCAACGGCAAGGAGGCCUACAGCGAGGAUGCUCCUGGUGGCACUUUCUACGACAAGAUUGGUGCUUACACCACCAACAGUGGCUCUGGUGCCAUGAGCAUCACCUGGAGCGACGUCCAGUUCUGGCACAGCACCAAGUAAAGAGACUGCCGUGACAGAAUGCAAAAAAGGAAAAACGUACAUACAAAGAGGCUGGUAGUUGCACAGAAUAUAGAGCUUCGUAGUAUAUAGACACAAGAAGUAAAUAUAACAACCGGCAAUGAGACAUG